AUGGCCCGCAGUCCCAACGUGUCCCGCGGGGACCUGGGAGCUCACCAUGGGUGCAUAUCGAGAUUGGAGAAGGCGGCGGAGGCGGAGUUGGCGUUCGCGCGGGACAGGUUGGCGCGCGCGCCGCCAGCCAAGGACGCGCGGCGCGCGGAGCUGGAGGGGGAGGUGAAGGCGCGGGAGGCCACGCUGCAAGAGCUGCUCGCGUCGUUCGAGGUGAGACGCGCAAGAGGCCGGCGAGAGGCGAGAGGUCUCGCCUGUCCCUUUUCUCCCCUCCUCCCUCACUCGCUCACCCUCAAUCGUGUCGUGAGAGCGGUACUCACCUCGCCGCAUCACCACGCCACCAUGCCCCGUGCCGAUGUGUUCCUCAUUGCGCUCCCCGCCUCUCCCCUCCCGCCCAAACCCCCCCCUCCGCCCCCCACCCCUCUGUCCCCUUUUCCUUUGUCUCCUCGCGCUCCGCCGAACCCCCCUCCCCCUGUCCCCGCGCAGAAGAUGGCGAUGGAGAAGCAAUCAGCCGGAGGGGGAGGGGGGGCCAGGCGCGGAGCGGAGUGGGGAGGGGCGGGGGCAGUAGCAAGGGGAGGGGGCCAUGCGCAUGCUGCCACUAAGUCAUACGGGGGGGGCUUUGGGGGGAGGCGGGAGAGGGAGGCGCAUGGGGGGGAGCAUGGGGGCGCGGGCAGCUACGGGGAUGCGUGGGGGGGGGAGGAGGAGGGCGGAGAGGUGGCGGCGGCGGUGGAGGCGCGUUUUACAACUGUGGCGAGGUGGGGCACUUCUCCCGGGAGUGCCCCAACGCCUCCGCUGGCACAGGGCCGCACUCAGGGGGGUACGGCAGCAGGGGGGGCGGAGGGGGGCGCGGGGGCAGGGGAGGCGGGUGCUACAACCGCGGGGAGGAGGGGCACUUCGCACGCGAGUGCCCCCAAGGCUCCUCGUACGGCCGAUCCUCCAGCUUCGGCGGCGGGUACGGCGGAGGCGGGGGCGGGUACGGCAGGAGCAGCAGCGGCGAUGGGUAUGGUGGGGGUGGUGGGGGGUAUGGUGGCGAUGGCGGUGGGUAUGGGGCCGGAGGGGGGAGCUAUGGGGGAGGGUAUGGGGGGGAUGAGGUGGGAGGGGGAUCGCGGGGGUAUGAUGACAAGACAGGAGGGUGGAGACGGGGCUAUGGCAGUGGCUGGGGGGACCAUUGAGAGGCGAUUUGGUGUGUCUUGGUAA